UUCAAUUUUUAUAAGGGAAAAAGAGUCUUGUGACAAAAAAUUUUGAAGAUACUGCCUUAAAGUUAAAUGUUUUCUAAGCCUACAGCCAUUGUGACAUCAGCAUCAGGUCAGUAACCACCACUUGAAGGAUUCCAUGCAGGACACCAUUGUUUCACAGAGCUCUCCAAUUGCACUGCCCUGUAGGAAGCUAACCACCUAGAGUGCCUACUAUUGCCCUUGAUUUUCUCCAUGGGGCAUUCUACAAUGUUACCAGGAAAGACAGCCAACAAAUAGUAAGAGAAAGACCAUUUCAUUCUUACACUGCUCCUUUCUUUAAUUCUCAUCAGGUCUCCCAACAUCUUGCCCCUUGUUUCACUGUAAAAGAUGUACAAACUUCAAACCAAAAGGGCAAAAGCUGCUGCUGGGCAGAUGUGGACUUCAAAUCUCUCCAAGAUCAGACAAUCUUUUAAAAAUGUUUACCAUAAAUGUAAGAACCAGCAUCCAGAUUCAACUAGAAAUCCAACUUUGACUUCCUACGGUUGUGAUCAAGAUGACAUUAGUACUGACGAAGAAAUGAAUCAUACAGUAAUGCUCCAAGAUAUUAAAACUUCACAAAUUGAAAUCCUCAGGCAAAUGACUGAUGUUGUCAGCACAGUAUCAAAAAUCCAAGGAAAGAUUGACUUUUAUCAGAAGCAGAUGGAGGUACUAGAAACCAGAAUGAAUGUUAAUGAAGACAAACAAUGCACUAUAACUAAAGAUAUCUUCUCUAUGAAAGAAGACAUUGAUGCUUUAAAGAAGAAGGUGACAGAACUGGAAAACCAGAAUUCUUGCUCAGGCAUACAUUGUUUAGAAAUCCUGGAAGGACAGAAGGGUAAAGAGGUCAUGGAACUGCUUCACAAACUCAUACAACCGGAAACUUUGAAAAACACAUUGGCCUCUACAGACCCUGAUAUCUCUUCAGCAGAACCAGAGAAAGUGUGUAGUUAUUCCAAGCCCACUGAUCACCUUGAAGAAAAAACAAUUUCUUCUCAAAUUAAAGUUUUGAAGAAAAAUAACCAUCAAAAUGCAUUAAGCUUUAAAAAAGCAAAGUCAAAUAUUUAUAUUUACCCAGACUUUAGUACAUGGAUCAAGCUAACUUUUGUCCAUGGAGGAAAGUGGAGAUUUUUUCUCAGUGCUACCAAGUUAGAAGAAUUCAUUCAGUGGCUUCUUUCUAGACCAACCAUCCCUCCUGAGGAACCGCAACUCACAACCCGGAGAUAUUGUCCAUUCACUGGGCCUAUUGUGAGCUUGACCACAAUCUGUCUCUCUGUUUUCAACUACAUUUACUGUCUUUUUGGUUCUUCAAAAGAGGAAGUAACUCGACUAUAGAAUUGUAUUCUGUGUAUCUUGGCAGUAAAUAAAUGUAACCUGGUGGCUCCAAGCAUUCAUGUAUCUUCGUGGUUGCUGUAAACGUCUUCGUAGUUUGCUCCCUGAGGGCCCACUGUCUAUGAAAUGCUAUAUGUCAACAGUAAGUGAAGGCAUAUCAUCCCAUUGGGCAAUUAUGGCACAUUUUCUUUCAAUGCUCUUGUUUUCUUAUAGGCAAUUCAUGAGGACUCAUCUGGUGCCCAUUUCAUAGAUAAUUGGAAGCAAAAUAAAGGGUCAAGGGACUGAGAAACACAUUUGGUAGCCCCGAGUCAGUUUUCUAUACACUCUUAAUUUAGUGGCCUUUAGAAAUAAGAUUUGUGAUACCAGAGAGAGACUCUACUAACAAGAUUUUAAGCAGCGUAGAGUGAAAAAGAUACCCAUUGUCAAGGCUACUAAUGUUAGAGCUAUAAAAAUGAAGUGCAUUGACAGGACAAGUUAAGCCAGAAAAAAUAUUAUUCCAAAAAUGGGAUUUUUUUUUUCAACUUCAGUUUCAUCUCUACCAAACAAUUAGAAAAGAAGGAAAAGGUUGAAUAUGGCACUGAGUAUUUUUUACAUUUUCAUAAAAUGAGAUAAAAAUGAUGUCUUGUUUGAUACAGAGGAAAAAGGGAGGGGCAGAAUGUAAGGAAGGAUUAGUGAAGCAAAUUAAAUCUCACUAUAUUACCAUAGAUUCUUAUAUGACAAGGCCUUUCUUUUUGUAUGAUUCAUAUACUACUUAUCCAGGUGGGCUUCAUUUUUAGACAUAAUAGGUGGUUGCUAUCUAAAUGUAAUUUUUAAGAACAUCAUGCAGAAUAGCUGCAAAAAUAUUCUUCCUUCACCGUGUAAUUCACUAAAUGAAAUCUACCAUUAGAGAGUCAUAUGCUGUUAAACUACAAAUAUUCUUGGUAAAUGUACUACUCUAAAUUAUUCUCAGUUAAUAAUUUGAAAGAGGGUUUUGGCAAUUAGCUAAGAACAACCCAAUUUCAAAUGAAGAAAAAGGCACUAAUGUGGUUAUAAAGGGAACUAAGGGAGAAAUAUGAUGAGAAGACACAAUAUUAUCUGGUGCCAGUCUGUUGGUAAUUAUAUACUACAACUUUUUCACUUACAAAUGCAUUUUAUUUGACCCUUUUUUACAAAUGUACAGAUGUGUACACAAAUAACUUAAAAUAUGUCAAUGUGCGAUAGGUGCAGCACAGAUAAUACUACUCUAAACUACUUACAGCAAGCCUAUAUAUAAAAUGAGUUUGUUUUAAAUGGGAUAAUUGUGCUAAACAAAGCAAAGUGUCAUUCUGGUAAAGGCAGCAGCAAUGAAUCUAUAUAUACUAUCAGAGACAUCCACAAAGAACAGCCAGAGUUCUAGAUCAGCACAUUGGGUAUGGUCCUCACGUCAGAGAGUAACUAGGUAGGCUAUGACACAGGCAUACAUCGCAAGUGGCUUCUGGGAGAGUAAAAAGUGAUACUGCUGGUAUUUGCCUGGGUCAUCUGAGCCUCUAUUUUAAUGCAUGCCUUCACUUUUUCCUCCCCUUACACGCCCCCUUAGCACUUGCUUAUUCCUUCUAGAGUUUAGGGUAAGAGCAUAAGGUCUGGGAAUCACAAGACAGUUCUGAACAGUCUUAAGUCCUACACUUACAAGCUCUAUUCAUCUAAACUGGAUUUGUUUUGUCAUCUCCACCAUGUUUGUUUUAAUCUGCUGUUGUUGUUGUUUUUGUUGUUUUUUGUUUGUUUGUUUUUACCUAGAAGAAGAGGUGGAAGGGACACUACAUGACUUUCUCAGAGUCUCAGACUCCUUCGAGAUGAUUGUCCUGUCAAUUUACCCAAAGUCCUUGUGAGGAACGAGGAUUUUUCUUUUGAGUCAAUUAAUAGUUCUAUUAAUUUAGUAAAUAUUUCUUCAGUGUUCACUAAUAGCAAGGGAUCAUGGAGGAUCAACGAAAAAGUAGACAACAUUCCCUAUACAGUAGACACAUAACAUUAAAUAGGAUAAAUAGAAUGUGUGCACACAUAAUAGUUCUAAUGAAUGAUAGGUGGGGAUGGCAGCAAAGAGCAAUAUAAUAAGUACUCCCAGUAUCCGAGAAGAAAGGGUGAUGAGCUUGUAGUAAGAAGGUAAGAAGAAAAAGUUGUGGUGAAGACAGUGUACCAGAAAGAAGGAAAAACCAGCACAGGAGUGGGGCCUGGAGGGACUGUGGGAAAUAAAAGCUACCAAGUAUGGCCAUUAUUUCAACUCUUUAUGGAUCUCAUAUUUCUCUUCAGGGAUCCCCACCAUGUUCAUUUUAACCUCUUUUUUUGUUUUUUUGUUGUUGUUUGUUUGUUUUUACCUAUGUAAGAAUAUUUGUGGAGGAGGUGAGAGGGACACUACAUGACUUUCUCAGAGUCUCAAACUCCCUCAAGAUGACUGUCCUGUCAAUUUACCCAAGGUCUUUGUGAGGAAAGAGCAUUUUGCUUUUGAGUUGAUUAUUUAAUAGCAUCACUUAGACGAUGACUCAUUAAAAUUAAAACAACUCGUAACUUCUUGUGAGAAAAUAAUUUUUCACCAGUCCUUGCUUUCAAAUUCACCUGCCUCUCACUCAACUCACCUCCAUCCUACCUGGCUCAGAGGAGGUCAGGUCUCUCUGGUCCACAUUCCUCCCCCAGUGGCUUGCUGGGUCUUCUUCCUUUUUCUGUCUUAAUCGCCACUACCAAUUCUUUGUACUCGGCUUACGAAAAUAUGUGUUCGCCUUGUCCCUGUGUCUCUCUCCUCUCUUGCUGAUUUCCCAUCACCCUGUUUGCAUGAGAAGCCCACCUCCCUGUCCCCACUUCCCAUUCUCUUCCUGACUGUUCAUAAGAUCGUAUCGUCCAUAACGAUGCUCUCUUUUCUGGUCCUCUCACCAUCAUCCUGGCAGAUCCUUCGCAAUUCCUUAGAUGAUUCCUCUGCCACUAAUCAUUCCUUUAAAAUAUUUAUGCUUCACUUUAAUGACUUCUGAAUCAAAGAACUAACACAGACUCUUCUGGAACCUCCUGAGCUUCCAUCUCAAGUGACUAUUUAUCUUCUCCACUUUGAUGUCUAGAGCAGUCUCAAAAUCCUUACUCUUAAAAUUAACCUUAGUAACUCUUCAUUUUUUUGACUCAAACCCAUUUCUUUUCCAGUAAUCCUCUGCUAAUGGCAUCACAGUGCAAGUUAACCACAUCUCCACACUGGGAAUUACUCUCAGCAUUUUUCUCCCUCACUUGAUGUAUCAAUCAUCAAAUCUUACCCUCUUUAUCUUGAACAAUUCAUAGGCUCCAUCUCUAUCUCUGUUCCCACCUCUAUUCUUUUGGUUCAAGCCUCAAUAAUAUCUCUUUCUGAAUGAAAAGUUUUUCUCCUUGGUAUCCCAUCCUCCAGGAUGUCCAUAAUCUAAUUCUUAAAAAGUGAUUUAAAAAAAAAAAAUGCUCUGAAAUCUUUGCAUUGCUCCUCAUAUCAAGCAAAAUAAAAUCCAAAUUUAUUAGCAGAGCCUACAUGACUCUUUCAAUGCUGCAUUUUUACCUUUGGAAAGGGGAGUUCCAUAGUGGUAAAGCACAAUAUCUUUGGCAUCAGACUGACCUGAUUCAAAUCUGGCUCUGUCACUCACUCGCUGUGUAACUUUGGAACUAAGCCAAAGUUUCAAUCCCCAAGGCCUGUGUGUCCU